AUGGGAGUUGCGGAGGGCAGAUAUGUCAGCUUCAUCCGAGUUCUGGUGGGAAUCGACUUGUCCGAAUCUCUUCCCCACGGUUUCUUCCUUGAAGAUGACUCAUCGCUUGACUUGUGGGUCGAGUUCAAAUAUAAAAGGCUCCCCACCCAAGUUUUCUACUGCUGUGGAAGAAUCGGGCACAACCAGCUGAUGUGUAGAUCUCAAUCAGAACGCAUCGAGGGACGUUACAUGGAUUGGAUCAGGGCUGGCCACCCGACUCUUCUGUCUCAAACUCCCAGAAAAACACGUCUAACUCAGCGGAAAGUAGGACCGACUACAACUUCUUGGCCGCAGACCGUUCAGUGA